GUAUGUGUGUGGGAGGGAGAGUCAACAAUCAGUCUUCGGAAAGAAAAGUCAAAAAUGGAAUGAUUUGUCAGUCACCCCCUUCGAUCAAUUGAAGUCCCCCACCGCUGCCAUUUCCACCUUUCAUUCUCUCUCUCUCUCUCUCUCUCAGAGCCAUAUUGCGUGUGGGUGUGUAUUUUGGUUUCUACUUGUAUUCAACAAGUACUCUUCCUAAAAGCCAAGUCAAUCAAUCAUAUAUAUAUAUAUAUAUGGCAGGCCAAGAAGAAGCUGAACGCAAGACUGCCGACUCCAGAAAGUUUGAAUCAGAGACACCAAAGAACCAAGAUGCAUCAAGACGAAAAAACAGCCGUGAAGGUGAUCUAAGUAGAUCAUUUGAUUCCCCAUCACAUCCUAAAAAGGUGUCAACACCCCAACAUCACCAGUCAAGCGAAGCGACAAGGAGUAACACGGCUUCUCCAAUGUGGGAAAGAAAGGUUUCAUCUGAUGGUACCAAUGGUGUGACCUCUUCCACUCCUGGAAGAUCCCGGUUGAGGCAAGUUACCCUUGGUGAUGAAAGCCCUGAUGACAGCACUGCUGUUCCGGUGUUCGGUGACUGGGAUGAUAGUAAUCCCGCUUCAGCUGAAGGUUACUCUCACAUAUUCAACAAAGUACGAGAGGAGAAGCAUGGCGGUGGUGGAAAGUCUCCGAGGAUAACGAGUGAGCACUCUCAAUUUUAUGGUCAAAGACCCGAGAGUAAAAAGGGGUGUGGCUGCUUCCCAUGGAGCAGAAAGUGACUUCCGGCUGGCCACUGGAGUAAAUGCGGAUUGUACUUUAUAAAUAAGCAAGGUGUUUGUAAACUGCAUUCUUUCUUGUUCAUAGAUUGUAGGCAAAACUCUUCCUAUUGUCGUACAGGGAGGAUUUAUUUCCUAUCUGUCCCAUUGUAUGCUUCUUUUAUUGAAUGAAAUCAGAAAAAGAUAGCAAGAAUGAUUUGGGUCAAA